AUGGCUGGUGCUAUGGAUUUUUGGAGUAGCACAGCAGCAGUUGUAGAUCCUUUUGAUGGUGGUGAACUAAUGGAAGCACUUGAACCUUUCAUGAAAACUGCUUCUUCCCCACCACCACCCCAUUCUUCCACCGCAUCCUUCUCCCUCUCUUCUUUUAAUGGUUGUGAUCAGUUUUUUGCUAUGUCCAAUCUCCCUCCUUCCACCUCAUUUCCUUGCUAUCCCUUCCCCCAGCCCGCCGUGUACCAGCCGCAGGCCUCAGCCCAUGAUUAUUUGUAUGGGCUUGGCCAGGAACAUCAGCCGGCACCUAUGGGCCUCAACCAGCUAUCCCCAACCCAGAUCCAGAUGGCCUCAAGCCCAUUCCAGGCCCCGUACCCUCCUAGCACUCACCAAUACCUGGACCCCGUCCCCGUCAAGCCGGCCGGCUCACCCCCGAAGUUGUACCGUGGGGUCCGACAGAGGCACUGGGGCAAGUGGGUCGCCGAGAUCCGGCUGCCCAAGAACCGGACCAGGCUUUGGCUGGGGACAUUCGACACCGCCGAGGAGGCGGCGCUGGCGUACGACAAGGCUGCGUACAGGCUGCGGGGAGACACCGCCCGGCUGAACUUCCCCCACCUCCGCCACAGCGGCUCCCACAUCGGCGGGGAAUUCGGGGAGUACAAGCCCCUCCACGCCAGCGUCGACGCCAAGCUGGACGUCAUCUGCCGGACACUGGCGGAGGGCAAAAGUAUAGACGCUGCCAAGAAGGUGAAGGGGUCCAGGUCCCGGAAGUCCGCCGCCGCCUCAGCCACCGCCGCUGUGGAGGAGGAGAAAGGUGAGAAGGGGGCUUCGGGGUCGGAGAGCGACGGGUCGGGGGUGUCGUCACCGGUUUCGGAUCUGACGUUCAUUGAGUUUUCGGAGGAGCAGCCGGGUUGGGAGAUGGGAUCUCUGCCCAAGUAUCCGUCCUACGAGAUCGAUUGGGAUGCUUUGUAA